UAAAGGAAACAAUUAAGAGCGAGCUGGUUAAUUGCUCUCCAACAUUAUGGCCAUGCCGAUAUGGCUCAUCCUGCUGGCCUCCCUCGGCGCCGUCCAUGUCGCCGCCGACGUCCUCCGACUCGUCGCCACCCUCACGUUCGGCCUGCGCGCCCGUCCCAGGGGGGACCUCCGCCGCCGGUACGGCUCGUGGGCCGUCGUCACCGGGCCGACGUCAGGCAUCGGCCGUGCCAUGGCGCUGGAGCUCGCGGGGCGCGGCCUCAACGUCGUCCUCGUCGGCCGUGACCCCGCCAAGCUCCGCGACGUCGCCGGCGCCAUCGCCCGGUCCCACUCCCACCACGGCGUGCGCACCAAGACCGUGGUCUUCGACUUCUCCCUCGUCUCCACCGUGCAAGGUGAGAAGGCGAUGGCGGCGCUAAGGGAGACGGUGGAGGGGCUGGACGUUGGGGUGGUGGUGAACAAUGCCGGCGUGGCAAAGCCCGGCGCGAUGUUCCUGCAUGAGGUGGAGGUGGAGCCAUUAAUGAGGAUGAUACGGGUGAACAUGCUAGCCCUAACGAAGGUGACGGCGGCGGUGCUGCCGGGGAUGGUGAUGAGGGGCAGGGGUGCUGUCGUCAACAUCGGCUCGGCGUCAGCGGAGGCUCUCCCCUCCUUCCCGCUCUACUCCGUCUACGCCGGCACCAAAGCAUAUGUUGGUGAGUUCUCAAGAGGCCUCUCCGUGGAGUACAAGAGAAAGGGAAUCGAUGUGCAAUGCCAGGUGCCAUGCCUGGUGGAGACGAACAUGAUAUCGAGAGCCAUGAAGGAUAUCUUUCUGUCGCAGUUCGUGGUGACCCCGGAGGAGUACGCCCGUGCGGCGGUGCGGUCGAUCGGCCACGGGCGGAUGUGCGUGCCCAACAUGGCGCACCGAGUGCAGCUCCUGGGGAUGAGAUCCACCCCGGAUUUCGUGUUGAACUGGUACCGCCUGCGGCUCCACUUGCAGCAGCGAGCCAUCUUUCGAAGCCGCAGGUGUCAUCGGAUCGCGCUCCUCUGACGUAAAGUCAGAGGGACGUGGGUCACUGACGUGUGGGCCCAACCUUUGUGGGUCCCACACGUCAGUGACAAAGUCCCUCUGACUUUACGUCAGAGGAGACUCAUCCGGUGUCAUCCGUACCCACUACAAGAAGGCUGACAAUCCACCAUCGUGGGAUAGAGCUUAAUUAACCAGCAGUCAGUUGCUGAACAACAUCCUAAAAUACGUGUAGUUAAAUAAUACUCGCUCCGACCUAAAAUAUAAGUAUUUCUACAUAUGAAUCUGGAUAUCGUAACUAAAAAUUAUUAUAUUUUGGGGCGGAUGUAGUAUAUAUUUUGCUUUUUUAAGAGGAAAAUGUUAAUUUUGAUCACAGUUGUCACGGUCACAUCAAUCCGUCACUGUGCGGAGAGAAGUAAAGGGUAGAGCGGAAAGUGUUAGUCACGGGAGUUAAGAAAUAUUGUCUUACUACCUCUGUCUCAAAAUAUAAAAGAGAUGUUUACUAUGCAUUUGUAUCACUGAAAUCCCUUAUAUUUUAGAACAGAGAUAAUAGAUAAUGUUCAUUGCCAUAUGACAUUU